AUGGCUUCCACAAUGACGGCAGUAGGAGCACCGGCAGGAGGAAAAUCAACGAUGACAGCAAUAGGAGCACCAGCGGGAGGAUCUUCCACGAUGACUGCUGUGGGAGGAGCGCCAAUGGCUUCAACAAUGACUGCUGUCGGAGCACCCGCAGGAGGAAAAUCGACUAUGACAGCUAUCGGAGGGCCGGCUGGAGGAGCUUCAACAAUGACUGCCGUUGGAGCACCUGCAGGUAAAUCGACGAUGACAGCCAUAGGAGGGGCUCCAGCAGGAGGAUCUACCAUGACAGCCGUAGGAGGAGCAGCAGGAGCGCCUGCAUCGGGAGCACCAGCAGCACCUGCGUCGUCGGCUGGAGGAGGAGGUGGUCCAGCACAAUCAGCAUACUUCGGUGUAGGAGGUGCCGGAAUGCAAGUCGGAGCCCAGUCAGCGUACUUUGGCGUGGGAGGUGGUGGUGGCGGUGCAAGUGUACCAAAAGUGGCUGUCACAGCUGGUGGACCAGGAGCACAAUCACAGUAUUUCGGUGUUGGUGGAGGAGGCGGCGGCGGCGGAGGAGCACAAUCCGCUUACUUUGCAGCUAAGUAA